GCGCAUGGAGGGCCUGCUUACGAUGUUAAGUUUUACGGAAAUGGUGAAGAUUCUGUUUUGCUGAGUUGCGGCGACGAUGGACAGAUUCAAGGAUGGAGGUGGAAGGAUUGCGAAGAAUUAUGUGUGCCUCUUCAUUUGCAAGGAAAGCACGUGAAGCCAGUACUUGACCUUGUGAAUCCUCAACAUAAAGGUCCAUGGGGGGCUUUAUCUCCAAUCCCUGAAAACAAUGCUCUUGCUGUUGAUAACAAGGAGGGAUGCAUUUUUUCAGCUGCUGGUGAUUCUUGCGUCUAUUGCUGGGAUGUGGUAUGCAUUUGUUCAAGGAAAGAGGUCAAGUCAAAUGACUUUCAAGGGGCAUGCAUACUACGUGCAUUCUGUUGUUGCUCGGAAUUCUACCAAUCAGAUUGCAAAAGUGGAAAGUGUGUUCAAGUAUAUGAGCCAGCCAAGGGUAUUAAAUUGAAAGGAUUUUUUGCGUGCGUUAGUUGCAUUGCUCUUGAUGCAAAUGAAAGCUGGUUGGCUUGUAGUUGUGGUCAGAGUUUAUCAGUUUGGAACCUUCUUGCUUCUGAAUGCAUUUCAAGGGUUUCAACACGUGCAUCCAUACAGGAUGUAGUAUUUGACGAAAAUCAAGUAUUAGCAGUUGGAGCAGAACGUCUACUUUGCCGUUAUGACAUAAAUGGGGCAAUUCUAUCAAAAAUGCAAUGUGCUCCUCAGUCUGCCUUUUCCAUCUCAUUACAUCCAUCUGGGGUUAUCGCAGUAGGAGGUUACGGUGGUCUUGUGGAUGUUAUGUCGCAGUUCGGAAGUCACUUGUGCACAUUUGGCUGCCGAUGUGUUUAAAAAGAGUUCACUUGUCCUGCAGUUUUAAGAGGCAGUUGAAAGAUGAGUAUUGCGUGGCCACUCUGGAAAAGUUAUUGUGGGUAAAUAUUGUAAAGCAUGGAUCUGCCGAGAGUACCACAUUUUUUCAGAAGCUGUAAAAUUUGUUCCGACCUUGUUUAAACCGUAAAGGUUGUAAAAUUACUAAUUGGCCCAAUUUUUUAGCUUCUUAAGGAAAAAAGUAUCCAGACAGUAAAGAUGUAAGAAGUGGGGUGGCGCGAUCCACCCACUUUUUUUUUACCUUCUAUUCUAUGCGCUUUUUUUCGA